AUGAGCACUAGACUCGCCCUUAAAGAUUUGGCUAGCACAGGGUCACCAAUAGCAGGGCGCAGCUUUAUUGACGAGAUUUGGCUUCCUAACCUCCCCAAAGCUCGCUCCCGCCCCCAAAACCAGUACAUCGCCGGUGGACUAAAGCCGAAGUCUCGACAGGUUCUGGGUGCGAAUUCCAUUGACCUCUGGAGCACACCGGAUGUCGACUUUAUCCCGAAGGGCAUUCAACGGAUUGGGCACUGGGUGAUUUACACCAUCGCUUCGGAAAGCCGUCAGAUGACUUCACUCGACUGGCACACGGACACGGAAGUGGCGCAGGUCUUGCAGGGCCGGCCGUGGUCAGUCGACAUCUACCACACAUGA